AAAGUCAGAGGAUCAGCAGAGUUAUUACAGUUCAUCCUGAGGGGAGCAUGAACGAUGAAGCACGUCUCAUCACAGUCCAGCAGCUGCUGAGGACAGACAGGCAUUAGCAUCCAGAGAGCCGCUAACGUGGCUAAUAAAAACAGUCUUCACUCCAAAAUUUAAACAUUUUAUUUUUGCUGAAAAGGCGAUGAGCUAAAACAUCAGAAGGUGUCAGGUGUGUAUCAGACCGUCACCUGUUGGUGUCAGAAGAAUGAAACAAAGAUGAAGCUUACAGCAGUUUGUUUCUUCUUCUCUCUGUGGUUGUUGAAUAUCUGUCCUCUCUUCUGAGAAACUGACACCAAAACCUGAACUUUACUGUUUUAUUUUUAUUUUUUUAAUCAAGACUCCGAACUGGACCUGUUGGGGAAAAAAAUCUGGAUGCGAUGUCGUUCAGCCCACAGGAAGAAGAAACAGACCAGACUACUGAAUGAAAACAGAGGAUUUAAGCUCCUUCAACAAACUCAGUUUAGCUGCUGUUAGCAUCGUUAGCAUGCCGUUGCUGUGCCGAAGCCGCCGCCGCUGCAUCCAAUGGCAACGGUGUGUCUGCAAACCGGUCCGGGUAGGAACACACGACGCGGCAACAAAGGUUCCUCUGAGGCGGAAGAAGUCUCAUCAGCUGACAGCAGAAGAAGAAGGCCAGCAGAUCUAUUUAUAGCAGAGUCCCUCAGAGUCUCAGACCUGAUCUGUCACAGUCCUGCAGCGCUGCACGCCGUCUCACCACCGACGCCUCCCCCGGACCGUCCUCCGUCCUCCGUCAUGCCCAGCAGCCAGGCCCGGUGCCGGGCCAGAGACCGGAACAACGUCCUGAACCGGCCUGAGUUUCUGUCCCUGAACCAGCCCCCCCGCAGGGAGCAGGUGGCGGGGGAGGGGCGGGGGGGUGGCGGUCCAAGGAGGGCCGCCUUCAGACAGCAGAGUCAGCAGGAGGACGCUGGAGCGAGGGGGUCGAGGGACUCCUCAGAGGGGGGCUCAGCAGCCGAUGGGGGGGCGAAGGAGGCGUCUCGCUGGCCGGAACAGGACUGUAUGCAGCUGAAUCCGUCGUUUCGAGGCAUCGCCAUCAACUCUCUGUUGGCCAUCGACAUCAGCCUGUCGAAGCGUCUGGGCGUGUGCGUGGGGUCCCACGGCUCCGGGGCCCCGAUGCGCUCCAUGGUGACCCUGCUGGCCCUCAGCGGACACGCCCUCCCCUGGCUCUGUGGGACUCUGAUCUGUCUGUGGAGGAGCAACACGCUGGCUGGACAGGAAGUCCUCGUCAACCUGCUGCUGGCUCUGAUCCUGGAUCUGAUGACGGUCGCCGGUAUGCAGAAGUUGGUCAAACGCCGAGGACCGUGGGAUUUCCCUCCUGGGUUUUUGGACUAUGUUGCCAUGGAUACGUAUUCUUUCCCAGCAGCCCACGCCAGCCGAGCCGUCAUGGUCUCCAAGUUCCUGCUGAACCACCUGGUGCUGGCGGUGCCCCUGAGGAUCCUGCUCUACCUGUGGGCCGUCCUGGUGGGCGUGUCCCGGGUGCUGCUGGGUAAACAUCACCUGUCAGACGUCGGCUGUGGAUUCGCUCUCGGCUUCCUGCACUUCAGUCUGGUGGAGUCCGUUUGGCUGGACUCUGCUACCUGCCAGACCCUCAUCUCCAUCGGCACGCUGCGCUGGACUCCGCUGGUUUAGAUCGGACCGGUCUGAACUGGUUCAGCUGGUGUAAGACUGGUCUGUCUGGACUCACCUAUAACGGCUUACAUUGGACGCAUUUUUUAAAACUGGUUUGGAUUGAUGUAAAACUGUAAGUCCAUUUUGACAAAGUAAACUGGUUUGGACUGGUUUGGACUGGUCCUGCUGGACUGUGCUACACUGGAUGUUACAGGUCACCUCAGACGAGAAACGGACUCUUUCAGUCAGAGCGUUAGCGUUAGCUGCUUUCAUGUAGAAAGUAGCCCUGCAGUAACAGUUAGCUAACGUCAGCAGGAGUCUGCUGAGGGAGUCGGGAAAGGACCUGCUUCACAUAGUGGUCUGGCUGAUGUGGUUCAGCUGCUGUUUAACGUCUGUACAGCAGAAACUACAGGAAGCGACUGAAUGUGUGUGUGUGUUUCUGUGUGUGUGUCUCGGGUUUCUCUUGCUGAGCGCUUUUGUUUCAGACUCGGUUUAAAUUAAAAGUAACUUGAAAAGAAAAA